AUGUUUGGGAAAAACUUUCCCUUCCACAAUUCUGCUGGAGGCUUCUAUCCUCGGGAGGCACUCGACGCUCGCCGGACCGCCGGCUAUACCACCAAAGUACGAGUGCGCGACCGAUAUCGCAUUGUAGGCUUCAUCAGCAGUGGUACAUAUGGUCGGGUAUACAAAGCGACCGGCCAGCACGGCAAGGAGGGAGUGUUUGCCAUUAAAAAAUUCAAGCCAGACAAGGAAGGCGAAACGAUCCAAUACACGGGGCUGUCCCAGUCCGCGAUCCGUGAAAUGGCUCUAUGCACCGAGCUAUCACACGCCAACGUAGUCCAGCUGGAGGAGAUCAUCCUGGAAGACAAAUGCAUCUUCAUGGUAUUCGAGUACACAGAGCACGAUCUGCUACAGAUCAUUCAUCACCACACGCAGCCCCAGCGACAUGCAAUCCCAGCCACUAUGAUACGAUCCAUCCUCUUUCAAUUGCUCAACGGCUUACUCUAUCUGCACACCAACUGGGUCUUGCAUCGGGAUCUCAAGCCUGCAAACAUCUUGGUGACUUCCAGCGGCGCCAUCCGAAUAGGCGACUUGGGCCUUGCUCGAUUGUUCUACAAACCGCUCAACUCUCUCUUCUCGGGCGAUAAAGUGGUCGUGACGAUAUGGUACCGUGCGCCGGAGCUGCUUCUGGGGAGCCGCCACUACACACCCGCCGUCGACAUGUGGGCGGUAGGCUGUAUCUUCGCAGAACUCCUGUCAUUGCGUCCAAUCUUCAAAGGUGAAGAAGCCAAGAUGGACAGUAAGAAGACUGUGCCCUUCCAACGCAAUCAGAUGAUGAAGAUCGUGGAGAUCCUCGGCCUGCCCCGGAAAGAAGCAUGGCCCGGUCUAGUGGCCAUGCCAGAGUACAACCAGUUGCAGUCAUUAGCCCUCCAUCGCCAACCAACCCAUUUCCACCGCGGGCACAGCCUUGAGAGCUGGUAUCAAACCUGCCUCAAAAACGGCGGAUACUCGUCGACCUCAAAGGCUGGAACGCCGGGCGCAGAUGGAUUUGACCUUCUUUCACGCAUGCUUGAAUAUGAUCCCACGAAACGUAUCACCGCCCAGGAAGCUCUGGAACAUCCGUAUUUCGCCAACGGCGGCCCAAUCAGCGGGGAUUGCUUCAGUGGCAUUGAACACAAGUAUCCCCAUCGUCGCGUCACACAAGACGAUGCGGACAUUCGCUCCGGUAGCUUACCCGGUACGAAACGCAGCGGUCUUCCGGAUGACUCUCUCCUGCGAGCCACGAAGCGACUGAAGGAGUGA